UAAAGUUUCGUGUUGUUGCUUUGUUUCCCCCUUUUCUCCGAGCGAUGGCGGCGGUGACGCGCAAGAAGGACGGUGGUCCCAACGUCAGGUUCCUGGAGUCGGCCGACACCGUGGCGCAGUUUGAAGGCUUGAGGUUGUGGCUGGGCAAGACCUACAAGAAAUUUGUACAGGCGGAUUCCCCUUCAAACAAAACACUGGCUAGUCUUGUGGUACAGCUUCUCCAGUUUCAGGAGGAUGCAUUUGGCAAGCAUGUCAACAAUCCUGCAUUAACUAAAUUACCAGCAAAAUGCUUUCUGGAUUUCAAAGCAGGGGGAGCAUUGGGUCACAUCCUGGGUGCUGCUUACAAAUUCAAAAGUGAACAGGGAUGGAGACGAUUUGACCUGCAAAAUCCAUCCAGAAUGGAUCGUAACGUAGAGAUGUUUAUGACAAUAGAAAAGACAUUGGUGCAGAACAAUUGUUUGACAAGACCAACAAUUUACCUCUCUCCUGAACUUGACCAGAAACUUGCAAAUAAAUUGAAGGAUAUUGUUAAGAGACAUCAGGGGACAAUAACAGAAGAAAAAUCAAAAGCCUCCCAUUUAAUUUAUCCUAUUCCGAGUUCUCUAGAUGAAGAGGAAUGGUUGAGACCUGUAAUGAAGCGAGAGAAGCAGGUCUUGGUACAUUGGGGAAUGUUCCCAGAAAGCUAUGACACUUGGAUACCGGCCAGUGAAAUUGAUGCUGAGAUUGAAGAGCCACCAAUUCCUGAAAGGCCAUGGAAGGUACAUGCCAAAUGGAUCUUGGACACUGAUGUAUUUAAUGAGUGGAUGAAUGAAGAGGAUUAUGAGGUUGAUGAAAACAAAAAACCGGUCAGUUACCGACAGCACGUACCUAUUAGGACAGUAACAGAAGAGGCUUCUCGUACACCAGAUAGGAAGGAUCGAAAAUCAGCAGCUGGGACAAAGAAGAGGAAACGAUCCCGUUCCCCUUCACCAAUACCGACGCCAGCUGAGUCCCGGAAGAAGAGUGGAAAGAAAGGGCAGCCUACGCCAUAUCUGAAGAGAAGAGGGCAGAGAGAUGAAGAGGAACAGGAGGACCUUACAAAAGACAUGGAGGAUCCUACACCUGUACCCAAUGUAGAAGAGGUUAUUUUACCAAAAAAUGUGAACCCCAAGAAGGAUAGUGAGCACACGCCUGUAAAGGGAGGGACAAUUGCAGAUUUAGAUGAGCAAGAAGAUGAGCCGUCAUCUGCAGGAGGGAAGAUAUCCGGCAUCUGCAAUUUUUGGGAAGAAGAGGACAGUGCCAGUGCUAAAGCAGAUCAUAUACGUCCUUUGGACCAAACGGAGGAUAAUGUCACUGAACAGACACAUCACAUUAUCAUUCCUAGCUACUCAGCAUGGUUUGACUAUAACAGCAUUCAUGAGAUUGAACGUCGUGCCUUGCCAGAAUUCUUCAAUGGGAAAAAUAAGUCCAAGAGCCCAGAAAUAUAUUUGGCCUAUCGAAACUUCAUGAUAGACACUUACCGGCUAAACCCUCAAGAAUACCUAACCAGUACAUCCUGCCGGAGAAAUUUAACAGGGGAUGUGUGUGCUGUAAUGAGAGUUCAUGCAUUCUUGGAGCAGUGGGGCCUUGUGAAUUACCAAGUAGAUGCUGACAGUCGACCUCUGCCGAUGGGUCCUCCACCAACCCCUCACUUCAAUGUUCUUGCAGAUACACCUUCUGGCUUGGUACCAGUUCAUCUGAGGACCCCUCAAAUUCCUGCCUCUCAGCAGAUGUUGAACUUCCCUGAAAAGCCAAAGGACAAACCAGCUGACCUACAGAACUUUGGACUGCGGACAGAUAUGUAUACUAAAAAGGGCACCUUAGCAAAACAAAGCAAAGCCAGUGCAGCUAGAGACUGGACAGACCAGGAAACCCUGCUCCUUUUGGAGGCUCUGGAAAUGUACAAAGAUGACUGGAAUAAAGUGUCUGAGCACGUUGGGAGCCGCACACAAGAUGAGUGCAUACUAAACUUCUUGCGGCUCCCCAUUGAAGAUCCGUAUCUGGAAGACACAGACUCCUCACUUGGUCCUUUGGCCUUCCAGCCUGUUCCUUUCAGCCAGUCUGGGAAUCCUGUCAUGAGCACUGUGGCGUUUCUGGCCUCGGUUGUGGAUCCCCGAGUUGCUGCAGCUGCUGCCAAAGCUGCUUUAGAGGAAUUUUCCCACGUGAGGGAGGAAGUGCCAGUUGAACUGGUGGAGGCACAUGUCAAGAAAGUACAAGAGAUGGCCCGGUCUUCUGGAAAAGUGGAUCCUUCUUAUGGCUUAGAAAACAGUGGCAUUGCUGGCACUGCUCCAGAGGAACCAGACAAAACUGCAGAUAUUGAAGAGGAAAAAAUGGAAACUCGAGAAUCAGAAGGUCAAGAGUCUGAAAAAGUGGAAAACAAAGAGGAGACUGAAAUGGUUUCGGACAGUACAGAGAAGAUUCAAGUUCCAUCUCCCAAAGAGCUUGCAUUAGAGAAACCCAUGGAAGGGGAAAUGGCUAGCACUGACAUUAAACCAGUUGCAUCUGAAGACAAGGAUAAAGAAGAAAACAAGGAGAAUAUUGACAUUAGUGGCAAAGAUAAAGAAUUGGAUGUUGGGAAGAAGAAGUUGGAACAUCACAUUGGCGAAGGAAACAUAGUCACAGCUGCUGCAGCAGCCCUGGCCUCAGCUGCUACUAAGGCAAAGCACCUUGCAGCAGUGGAAGAGAGGAAGAUCAAGUCCCUUGUUGCUCUUCUGGUGGAAACCCAAAUGAAGAAACUGGAGAUAAAACUUCGCCAUUUUGAGGAAUUGGAAACCAUCAUGGAUCGAGAGAGAGAAGCGCUGGAACAGCAACGACAGCAACUGCUCACAGAGCGACAGGCCUUCCACAUGGAGCAGCUGAAAUAUGCUGAGAUGAGAGCCCGACAGCAGCUGGAGCAUCAGCAGCAACAUUCACAAAACACUCCCUCUGCACCUGGUAUGCAACAACUCAGUUCUAUCGGUGUGAUGCAACAAGCUCCAGUGCCGCCACCACCGUAUCCAAUGAUGCACCAUCAGAUGCAGCAGCAGCUAGUAGGUCAGAUGUCUGGAGCUGGGGCAAUGGUGCCAGGACAACCAAUGGCAGGCCGUAUGAUGCCCAACCUCCAGCCAAAUAUGUCGUCAGGAGCACCUUCCCAUCCAAACCCAAGUGUUGUCCCAUCAACACUUGGUAAUAUGAUGGGCCCACGACCAACAGCUGCCACCAAUGGCAUGUAUCCAGGCCCAGCUGUACAGCCAGACUCUGUAGUGGUGUCCACAACAGCAGCAGCAGCACCGUAACCAGGGAUACUGGCAGUAGGGGACGAUCAGUAAAACCUACAUUUCUAUCCAGCUACCUCCCUUCUUGAAGACAGCAAGUUCCAAAAUGUUUGCCUCUAUUUUGUUUUUGCUCCCUUUUUAUUGCAGUUGUUUUCUUUUUGGAGAAUAGAAUUUCUUUGGAAAAAAAAUUAAAACAUGUUCUAGUCAAUUUUUCCACAAAAACAAA